GGGUUAGUGUUAGGGCCAAGGUGGGAGCACGCCGGGCCGGGACACACCAUCUUUGCGCUUACCUAUCCCGCAGUCCAGCGCCGAAUCCCAGCGGGGAGGGCGGCGGCGCGGGCGUGACGUCAUCGCCAGGCGCCGCGCGCGACCGGAGGGAGCCUUGACCUCCCGAGGCGUGCAGAGCUGCACCGCGAUGCUGCAGCUAGUCCGGGCAGGGGUGCGGGCCUGCCUUCGGCCGGCGGGCUGCCGGGGCCUGAGCUCUUUGGUGGAAGAGGCAACGGGGCAGGUGGACAAAUCAGAGCCGACAACGAACCAGGGUCUCCAGGCACCCGUGCUGCGCAAAUGCGAACUCCCGGUAUCCGCUCACCAGCGUCCCGUGCAGGCGUGGGUCGAGUCCCUGCGGGGCUAUGAGCAGGAGCGAGUGGGCCUGGCUGAGCUGCACCCUGACGUCUUCGCCACUGCGCCCAGACUCGAUAUCCUGCACCAGGUCGCUAUCUGGCAGAAGAACUUCAAGAGAAUCAGCUACGCCAAGACCAAGACGAGGGCCGAGGUGCGGGGUGGCGGCAGGAAGCCCUGGCCGCAGAAAGGUGGCGGGCGGGCCCGGCAUGGCAGCAUCCGCUCCCCAAUCUGGCGAGGAGGAGGCAUCGCCCAUGGCCCCCGCGGCCCCACGAGUUACUACUACAUGCUGCCCAUGAAGGUGCGGGCGCUCGGCCUCAAGGUGGCGCUGUCGGUCAAGCUGGCCCAGGACAACCUGCACAUCGUGGACUCCCUGGAGCUGCCCACCCCCGACCCCCAGUACCUGUCGGAGCUGGCGCACUUCCGCCGCUGGGGGGACUCUGUGCUGCUGGUGGACCUGACACACGAGGACAUGCCCCAGAACAUUGUGGAGGCCACCGCCAGGCUCAAGACCAUCAACCUGAUCCCGGCUGUCGGCCUGAACGCGCACAGCAUGCUCAAACACCAGACCCUGGUCCUCACGCUGCCCACGGUGGCCUUCCUGGAGGAGAAGCUGCUCUGGCAGGACUCGCGCUACACGGCCCUCUACCCCUUCCGCCUGCCCUACUGCGACUUCCCCUGAGUCUGGACUGGACCGCACCCUGCCAGGGCGGUGCUGCACCACCCGACCUGUGUCCCCAGGUCAGGAAGCCAAGCCGGGGCCACCACCGGGGCAGGCGCCUGUGCACACAGCCCCAGCCCGCUCCUGCCGCAAUUCUUGUGCAGUGUUUUUAAAUAAACUUUUAUUUUUUAAUCAAAGAGAAAAACAGUUCA